AUGAGCAUCAUCAACCCUCCCACACUUGUGCAGCUGGCCAUGCAGGGGCUGCUGAGGAAAGAUGCUUUGGAAAUCUCUGCUCUGGAGAACCUGCCCAUUGAGUUCUUCCCAUCACUGUUCAAGGAGGCCUUUGAUGGCAGACAUACAAAGAUAUUAAAGGCAAUGGUGGCAGCCUGGCCUAUUCCCUGCCUCUCUGUGGGUGUACUGAUGAAGACACCUGAAGUAGAGACAUUGAAAGCUGUGCUGGAUGGCAUAGACAUUCUUGUGAUACAGAAGGCUCAUCCCAGGUGCAAGCUUCAAGUGCUCGACUUAAGGAAUGUGCACCAGGAUUUCUGGGAUGUAUGGGCUGGAGAGGAUGGAAUUGGCUCAGCAGAUACUGUGAGGGAGAAGCAAGUAGCAAAUCGCAUUCAUAGAUAUGCCCAGAGGCGGCGUUUGAAGGUGGUCACUGACCUCCACCUCUACUUCCAGCUGGAAGAACACCAAAUUUACUUAUUGCAAUACCUGAAGACCCCAUUCGAAUCCUUGUCUAUUACUCACUGCCAUCUAUCACAGUCAGAUUUGAAACACUUGUCAUGGAGUCAGAGUCUUUGUCAAUUGAAACACAUAUACCUCAGUGGGAUAGUGUUAUCCAUAUCCCAUCCCACAGGUCUCCAAGUCCUCCUGGAUAAUGUAGCAGACACUCUGCAGACCCUAGACUUAGAGUACUGA